UCUUCUUCCUACAUUUCCUCCUUUUCUGAUUAUUUUAUUUGCAUUUUACUGACUAACCCAUCAUUUUCAUUUUCAUUUUCACACAUUGUCUUGUUCUUCCAUGCUUUACAAGUUACAUAUAUUUUGCCCUUGAUUUCAUUAUGGAAAUGUGUUUGUAUGAAAGGGUUACGUGGUAACUCCUUUUGUAGAUCUGUUGGGAAGUGGCUGCAUGUGUUUGUUAUAAUGCUCAAUUUUCAAGGGUUGUUAUUGCUGCCCAUGAGUUUCUUUUGUGCCUUACAAAUUUGUAGAGAGUAAAUCAAUUAAGAAAUGAUAUUACAGGAGCUUGAAUAUUGGAUCUUAGAUGGGAUGCCGUCAUUUUAAUUCUGUAAAUGGUUGAAAUCUAUGGUUUCAAUGGUUUUGAAGAUGCUUCCAUUGUCUAUAUAGAUUUCAUUGGAUGCAUAUAUGUUUCAUUAUUGGCGUGGGGAUAGCAUGGUUUUAAGAACUUUUCCCAUUUUUUCUAGAUGUGUUGUAUUAUUAAUAGAUAAGUAAUGCUCUUUAGUUGGUUGCAGUCUAUUGCGCGCGCUGAAUAAAAUAGUUUAAUUCUUCAAUAUUUUUUACGUACAUAUCAUUAUUGUAAUCCUAAGGCCUAAGAUGAAAGAUUCAGUAUCAAUGCUCUAACACGUAGUGACAAUAAAAAAUAAGGACUAAAUUAUUAUAGAAUGUUACAAACAAGACAUGUCUUUAUCGUUCAAAAUCAGUUUUGUUAACGAAAUUAAAUAUUAAAUUCAUUUUGAAUGAUUGGAUUUAAGUAUACUGUACAAAAGUAUUUUAAAAUUACUCCCGAACCUACCUAGAAGAACAACGACAAAGCUGAAUGGGUCUUCUACGGAUGGUAGUUACAAUUGUUGGGUUUUCUGUUUCCCAAAGGAAAAGUAAAUGUUAGGAGUUCGUUACUGAUGAGGCUUUGAAUGAUGGGAGUUUUUGUUGUCUUUUUAAUUCCUUGGUUAAUUGGACAUGUAAGAGACUGCCAUUAGUAUCUGCCACCAUUUGAUGACUUGAGCAAAGUUGUCUUUUGUUUUCUUGUCAUGUCGUGGUGAAAUCUAGUUUUUAGUCUCAUGAUAUUUUUGCUCAUUCUUAUAUUUUCAGUUGCAGCAGACUAGGAUUACUGAAUUUGGCAUCCAAUAGAACGGGAAAAGGCAUUAUCAAAUCUUGUUGUCAAGAUGGUUUUAUCAAGGAUUGCCAGGAAUGGACUGAGAAGAUCAGGUAGCGCAUUCAAUAAGCAUUCACACCAGAAGGAUUCAUAUUCCCAAGGAGCAUCAACAUAUAGAAGCUUCAACAAUACCACUACAAAUGGCUUUUUCUUGAACCUUCCUCACAUUGAAAGAGUGAAUCACGUGAGUUUUUGGAGCAGGGGAAUAAGUAUAACGCCACAGCGCCAAUUCCCAUCAGCUGAAAGACUUGUAGAAGAAUCUGAUUUAGAGAGUGAUGAGCCAUCUUUUGGGCCUGGACUUGAAGCAACCAAGCCAGGGGAAAAGCCAAGGGUGGUUGUCCUUGGCACUGGCUGGGCUGCAUGUCGUUUCCUAAAGGGAAUUGAUACAAAGGUUUAUGAUGUUGUCUGCAUAUCACCUAGAAAUCACAUGGUCUUUACUCCUCUUCUGGCCUCAACUUGUGUUGGAACCUUGGAAUUUCGCUCUGUAGCUGAGCCUGUCAGUAGAAUACAAACUGCCUUAGCAAAGGAUCCCAAUUCAUACUUUUAUCUGGCUUCUUGCACCGGUGUUGAUACAGAUAAACACGAGGUGUUCUGUGAGACUGUUAACUAUGGUGAACUCCCUCACGAGACUUACCAAUUUAGAGUUGCUUAUGACAAGCUUGUGAUUGCUGUUGGAUCUGAGCCCUUGACUUUUGGUGUCAAGGGAGUCAAAGAACACGCCUUUUUCCUCCGUGAAGUAAAUCAUGCUCAAGAAAUUAGGAAAAAGCUUCUUUUAAAUCUAAUGCUCUCUGAAAAUCCAGGUCUAUCAGAAGAAGAAAAGAAACGCCUUCUCCACUGCGUGGUGAUUGGAGGCGGACCGACAGGCGUUGAGUUUAGCGGCGAAUUGAGCGAUUUCAUCAUAAGGGAUGUUCAAGAUCGCUAUGCUCACAUUAAAGACGACAUUAAAGUUACACUGAUUGAGGCAAAUGAGAUUCUGUCCUCCUUUGACUUCGGGCUGCGAACCUAUGCAGCAAAGCACCUGACCAAGUGUGGCGUUCGGCUGAUGCGAGGUGUUGUGAAGGAAGUGCUUGCCGAUAAGAUAAUUCUGAGUGAUGGUACUGAUGUUCCGUAUGGCCUCUUGGUCUGGUCUACAGGCGUUGGCCCCUCUGAAUUUGUUAAAUCACUCCAUCUUCCAAAGGCCCCUGGUGGAAGGAUUGGUGUGGAUGGAUGGAUGCGAGUUCCUUCUGUGGAAGAUGUUUUUGCACUUGGGGAUUGUGCCGGUUUUCUUGAACAAACAGGAAAACCAGUUCUUCCUGCUCUAGCUCAGGUUGCAGAGAGGGAAGGGAAGUAUCUUGUAGAACUGUUCAAUAGAAUUGGAAAAGAGAAUGGAGGCAAGGCUUUGAGUGCAAAAGACAUUCCUUUAGGUGACCCUUUUGUGUAUAAACAUCUGGGAAGCAUGGCAUCAGUUGGUCGUUACAAGGCUCUUGUCGAUCUACGCCAGUCCAAGGAUGCAAAAGGCAUAUCACUAGCAGGGUUCUUGAGUUGGCUCAUAUGGCGAUCUGCAUAUCUGACUCGUGUAAUCAGCUGGAGAAACAGGUUUUAUGUGGCUGUCAACUGGGCUACCACUCUUGUUUUCGGCAGAGACAACUCCCGGAUCGGUUAAACUUCACCAAUAACCACGAAAUUUUUUGAGUUUUUCGUCUUUUUUCUGUUGCUCAUUUCUUAGAAUUAUACAGAUUUGAUUCUUUCAUUUUUGGUGUUUCUCCCCCAAUUCAUAGAGAAAAGUUUUAGGAUAGAGAAAAGUUGAAGAAUCACAAGGAAUAGUUGAAAAGCUAUAAAUUGACAUUGAUAUCACUACAAAUUUACAACCUUAAUCUCUUCAACCUCAAAAUUACAUAGAAGCUACAUAUGUUUGUAUCUAUCUAGAUGUACAAUGUUGUCGUUGAGUACUGUGACUGUAAGAGAAGAUAGAAGUGACAGUUUGAGCCAACCCCACCAUGAUUCCCAUCUUCACUUGCCCUCUCUUUGGGAUCAAACGCCCAGAAAUUCUCCUUCCCAUUCUCUGACCGUUGAUGUUGUUCAUCAUCUUAGCUUCUUCACCCAUCUUCCAGAGGUAUCAGUUUAGGAGCAAGCAAAAGGAAAAAUUGUUGUUAGUGCAGAAGUUUUGGUUGCUUUGAAAGGCUAGAUGAGGUGGACUUAAAUAGAGAUCCAAACUCAAAAUUUAAAGUUUAAUAAUUUAUUUGAAGAUAAGCACUUGCUUUAA